ACCAUCUAUAAUUACGUAUGCGCCUUUCGCGAUCAUGUCCCAAGAGUCAUCUAUUUGGGAUCCGUAUAGCCGGCCAAUGGGCGAUACAGAAUUACUCUUUACCAAGCUCACGGGUAGACUCCGACCUCCAAAUAGUCCAAAUAGAGAGCACUUGGCAAUUUCUUUAGCACUCAAACUCAAGUUUCCACCAUCCUUCGACGACCCAACGGAGUACAUAUACCAAGCAUGGGACCAUGUUUUGCGGCGACACAAAGCGCUCAAUUCGAUUUUAAUCCCACCAAAUACAUCAGACUCGGGAGGGCAGAUAAGAAUAUCACUUAGAGAUCAGUGGAAUACAUCAAGAAAUGAUACAUUCACACGUUGCGACGAUAAGGACGCGAGUUCACUUUUCUCACGACUUCAAUCUAGCCCCACAGCUGCAUGUUAUUGGCUCCCAGCGUCAGGUGAAGUGGUGCUACGUUCCUCGCACUGGCGUAUCGAUGCCAUUGGAAUGGCCAAACUUGGAGAUGAAUAUCUGGAAUUACUAGUUAAACUACUGAAGAUCCGUACCGAAAAAGCUUUUAUGGCGGAAAACGGUCGCUGGCCCCCGAUUGGCCCAAGCCUAGAGAUGUUGGUGCAAAGGAAGAACCAAACCCCACCUGACCAGGGGGAAGAACCUCGAUUAGGUGAAGCGGCCGAUGCCCUUGUAAGUGAAUUCAAGAAUGGCUCGGGUUCCUCGCCAAGCAUCGGGUUCCCCACACGGGAGGAUUCCCAUAAGAUUCUACCAAGUAACUCUUCCCGUGUUGAAACUCGGAUAGAUGCUUCGGCUACUGCUCAAGUUGUUGCUGCCUGUCGAGCGAAGGGAAUAAAAGUGACAAGUGCUAUUCACUCAGCUGUGGUGUGUGCCGCCGCACGGUUCCCUCGGCAUCCACUCUGCAAGUCAUAUACCGCCUUUAGGCCAGUCAAUCUACGCCAAGCUCUUGCUAGUACAAUCACCCCCAAGCGUCAAUGUGAUGUAAGGGUCGUUGGAGUAUAUCUUUUAGCUAUACCCCUGAGUAUCGAAAAUGUUUUCGAUUUCGGGGGAAAGCACGUCAAAGACUUCGAGACCAUAGCUCAAGAGCUGAACAAAAUCUACUCCAAGGAUAUCCAUCAUUUUUGGGAGCCAGAAGACCACAGUAGACCAAUUAACCUCUUAGACCUUGCAGGACCUUAUGCGCAGCGGAUUGCAGCUCAACUCAAUACCCCAGAACUAGAAAGUCUGCCUGCAGUGUAUACGCCAGAUCUAUAUAGCUUCGGAAAGCUCGAGACGUAUAUUCAAAAUGAAUAUAUAGAUGAGGAUACUAACUUAGAGGUUGUGAAAUGCUGGAUAAGCACAGAAAUUUUAACCCAAAAUAUCCAAUUUCAAAUGUGGAGCUGGAAGGAUGAACUUACACUUGGGGCAUCUUUUAACACUAGUUUCUACGAGGAUUCCUUUAUGACUGGGGUGCUUGGAAAAGUGAUUGAAGAACUUUUACUUGGAUGUGGAAUCGAGGCGUCUUAGAGACGUAUCCAUAAUUCCAACCCUGUAUUCGCCUUGUUUCGAAUGCUUGAAGCCGUCGUCAUCAUCCAGGAUCAAAAGGCAUGCCCUCGUUUUUUCCUAAAGCCGCAAGAAGACCAUAGACGAAGAGAUAAACCGGGGACGGACUAUCCGAAUCUGACUAAAGUUUGUCACCUACGAUUUUUCAUAUCAUUUGCGCACGGUGAUUUUAUUUAGGAUUCAGAUCAUUGGCUGCCCUGUGUAGAGGGCAUUCAGGGGCCUCUAAGACUAUUUCAAAUCCGU